AUGACGACUACAUCGGCCUCACCGGUCCAGGGAGGCGCACGGUCCUGCCGGAUCGCCCCAAAGCAGCGCACCCCGAGCGAAGGAACCGAUUCUGGUAAUUCGCGCGAAACCUGGAUCUCAACGAACAAGAUACUGAACAGCAGCCUGUGCGGCCGGCGAACGAACAGCCGCAAUCCGAACUUUGACUACGACGAAACGAAGCUGCUGAUUUCGCUGUGGGGCGACCCGCAGGUGCAGAAGACGCUCAUUACCACGCACAAGAAGCACCCGGUCAUCGCGGAGCUGGCGCGGAAGAUGCGAGAGCAGGGCUACAGCCGGUCGACGGAGGAAAUCAACACGCGCAUCAAGAACCUGAAGUGCUUCUACAACCGCAUCAAGAAGGACAUGGCGGCCGGUAUCAUCAACCAGACGACCUGGCGCCACUACGCCGAAAUGGACGAAAUCAUCAGCCGGCCGGUGUUUGGCAAUGCGCACCGGGUGCACCUGAUCCAACAGCAGAAGAGUCAGGGACAGCAACAGCAGCAGCAUGGGCAGGAUCAACGAACGGGUGGCACGAGGGUACGGAAAGCGAUGACGAGCGACGAGGGAGAGGAUGAAGAUGAGGAUAUGCCACUCGAUCAGUUUCCGGUGAAGCUGGAAGUGAUGAGCGACGACGACGACGAAGCGACCGAGAUCCGGGCGGAAGAUUUGCUCACGAUCGAUGCCAAGUUUCCGGAGGACAACAUUGCCGGAAGUGGCGGUGGGACGUCUGGCAAGCCCAAUAGAAAGACGAACGCUAACGGUCGCCAUGCCGGAGCUUCAAACGGAAAGAAUGGAAAGCAAACCGAUGAUGAGGAUGAUGACGACGACGAUGACGAUGAUGAUGAUGAGGAGGAUGACGACGAGGGCAGUGAUUUUGAUGUAGAAAAUGAGUUUAAUGAUGGACUAGAUGAACUGUUGCUUAAAGCACAAUCGAAAGGAGCACAUGGAUCUUCGGCUAAACCAACCUACACUAUAUCGUCGGCUGCCACAACAUCGAAGCCGGCCAACUCGUGCGGUUUGGUAAUUGAAAAGAUCAGUUCCGCUAACGGGACGACCAUCACGGCUACCUCAUCCGCCUCAUCGACCACGGCCGCUCCGACCGCCGGAAAGAUCUCGGUCGUGCCGACAAACCUUCUGAUGAAACAACCGACCGUCUCGACGAACCUGGCCACUCCGAUACAGAUUUACACCCAGCCGACGGUGAGCCUUGCACCAACCUCCAUGAUGGGUACGGUCGGAGUCACGAAGGUUACAACAGCCGGCAAGCCUGGACAAACCGGGGUCGUCACUGCUACACCCGGCUCAACCGGUGUCACUCCAAUGAAGCUGCUGCUUGUCAACACGGUUGCAAAGGAUGGAACCACGAAGCAAAUCCUUACACCAGCCUCGGAGGUACCAACAAUGCCGCAGCUGUUACCGGCACCGAACUAUCAUGCGGCUAAAAUCCCACUUGCACUCCCUGGCAAAUCUUCCAUUGUUAGCAUUCCGGCGGUGAAUGUUCAUGCGAAGGUGGCGGACCCGUCAAAGGACGCGGCUAACGCAAGCGGCACUCGUAAAACGGGACAGUCGGCUGGGUUCAAAUCACUACUGACGCAGCUCGUCACAAUCCAGCGGGAAAAUUUGACCAUCAAUCAGGAGCGGCUGGCGCUGGAGAAGGAACGGCUCGAGUUUGAGAAGCAGUUCGGUGGAUCGUUCGUCAGCAUGGUGCGCAAUAUGAGUUCGUUCUUCUCCGGCAUGCUGCAGCACCAGCGGAAGGAUCUGAAGCCAAAAAAUGAUCCCGCGCCACCCGCGGAACCGCAAGCUCUCAUGAAAAAGCCCGAGGAAGACAACCACAAACCAGAGGACGACCAUUCAUCCAUGGCCGCUAAAGAUACCACUCCUAUUGAGAGCAACGGAAGCGCGUCCUCUUCUCCGAUACCAGCGUCCGAUCCGCUGGAAACAGUACCGGCAAGUAAAAAACGACAUUCUUCGGAAAGCGACACGGUGGAGAAAGAUAAGUCCGAUAAGUCACCACCAAAGGAGCCGGAAUCAUCCUCCUCGCCGGUGCCUUCGACAAAUCAAACCGUUGACUCGUCGCAGAACUCGCCAUCGUCGGACAUUCCGUUACCAAAGAAGCGUCGCAUGAUGACACGCAACUCGACACAGCAUUCCCAAGUCCCACCACUAAGGAUAUCCACACCGGACGAGGCAUUGAAAACGGAAGUGAUUAGCGAUAAUGAUGAACGUUAGAAGGAGUGUCAACGACGAAUUAUU